ACCACGGCUUAUAAGAAUACAAAUAGCAACCUUGUUAAGUAAAAUGAACAGAAUCAUUUUGCGAAGUCCCUUAAUACUUUUUCGCCUCACCUAGCGGCCAAAACAAAGUCGGUAGCAACAAGAGGAAGGAACGCUAUAUAUCUUAAUGUUUUUGAAGUUUUUUGGCGCUGAAACACACUGUGUAGGAGCUAAAGGAAGAUACAAAUUUGCAUGGAAAAAUUGCAAUAACAACCUGUAUUACGCAUAAGUAUUUAUGUGGAGAAUAAAUGAGCGAGAAAGCAAUUCUGCUGAGGCGGCCAAGGCCUCCUAAAAACACCCCAAAAUUUUUACCACCAAUUCGAAGUGAUCAAAGCCAACAAACGAAUUACUCCAUAAAAAAUGCCUCACCAGAGAUGCUUACUGUACCAAGUUCUACGUUUGAUGGACUUCACUCUCCUGUGCCGACCAUGCAGUCUGAGUACGAGCCUACAAUAAGUCAAGGAAAACGAAAAGCAAUCAGGAAAACAGCAUCUUACGCCACAAGCACUGAUGACACCGCAGGCAUUGGCAAUUUAUGUGAUACUGGAGGCACAUGGAGCAAGAAAGGAUUGGUAUUACCUUACAAACCUCGUGGCCCCGACCCUUUUCCAAUUCGUCAACCACGCCAUCCUCUAGAGGUCAGACAAGAGUAUGUGCUUCCAGACGACUCAUAUUAUAACCCAACUGCUGAAUUUAGAUUAGACGACUUUCUUCUGAAUAACAAAAAUGGAAUUCCACCUCGUCCUGCUAUAAGAAAAACUAUUCUUUCAAGAGCUAACUAUCAAAAAUUAACGCGUUUAUUAAAAGCUGUAGCGGAAAACAAAGAUGUGGAACAACCUGUACAAAUUACCAAGAUCAACAUCUCUGAUCAAUUUGAUAUUCAACCAAAGCAGAAAAGAGUGCCUCGACGUCAAGUUUUACUUGAGAUGAAGAAGAUAGUACAAGAAAGACUGAAUAAGCUCGGCCUCACAUCACCAAGCAGACUCGGAACAAGUGACAAACUUAGCGAUGUAGUUGAUGAAAUACAAGAGAUGGGAGAAGCUGAAGGUGUGAGCAGAAAAUCUGCAAUGAGCAUUUUUGUCAAAGCAACUGAAAAAAUAUUCCAAGGAACAAAAAGGUCAGGCUCUCCAUUUGAAGAAGAUGGAGCAGAAUCUAUCAUCACACCUUCAGAACUCGCUAUUCUUAACUGUUUGAUUGAGGGGGGAUUUGUCCUUAGCUUGAAGGCCCAUUUUAUUGCUGAAGUUCCUGACCUAUCUCCACUUGCACAAAGUCUCAUUUAUUUGAAUUUAUCAUUCAACGAAUUUGCUGAGUUUCCUCGAGAAGUAUUGUAUUGUAGAGAACUACAAGUCUUGAAGUUUAGAGAUAACCCACUAAAGGACAUACCAUCUGAUAUUAGCAGAUUGCAUAAGCUGAGGACCUUAAUUCUAUCAUUCUGUUGCAUCUCUGCUCUUCCUGUGUCAGUCUUCUCUAUUAAAACAUUGGAGUUUUUAGAUGUUUCCUACAAUAAACUAACAUUCCUAUCCAAUGAAGUCAAAAACUUGGAAAAUCUAAGAUUUUUAAAUGUGGAAGGCAAUGAACUGCCUGGCUUGCCUUGUGGUUUACUGAAGCUCAAUCUAUUUCGGAUUCGUGUGCAAAAUAAUUUCAUGAGCGCACUGUUUUGGAAGGAAAAUUCAAAUAACAGCCCACAAAGACUGACUGAUUUAACAAGCUUGAAGUUACAGCAGAGUUUUAUUCAAGGACAAACAGAAAACCAUCUUAAUCUUCCUCAAACUGUUGCCCAUGAUCUAUCCAACCACAAUUACUGUGAUUGCUGCCGUGGACCAAUGUAUGGUCCUGGUUUGCGAAUUAUUCGACCAUGUAGUGAGAUAUGGGGCAUCAAAAGGAUUCCGUUUAUUUUUCGGUCUUGUUCUCCAAGCUGUUACAGCGAUUUUAUUAACAACGUUGAUCCAAAAGUGUCAGAAAUGAUCUAUGGAAUUAAAAGUGAACAACUACCAAAUAGUCCGAGUAGAGCAUCCUGUUUAAGUGCUCCUUAGGUUAAAAUCUGUUGUGUAUUUUUUUCAUCCUAUUUUAAACUAAAUACGUACUAUCCUAUAAAGUGUUCAAAUCUUUGUUUUUUUAAACGUACUAUUGUAACUUACAUGCCACUGUGUUUUUUAAAUGACAAUCUUUUUUUAAACAUUUUUAUUUGGUGAUUUCAUAUUUAAAUCUUUACCUAUAUUAUAAGUAUAUCACAUAAAACAAGUUGAUAAACAAUAAUUAGGUAAUUAAAUAAAUAUUUAAAACUACAAACUACUAAGUAAAAAAAUGAGCAUGUCUAUUUACAGUGAUUAUUCUUAUGUGCAAAUUAUUCAAGAUUUCAAAAAAGUUUUAAAAACAUUU